AGGAGAAUUGAGAAUUUCUACUCCAUUGCCUUUCCGCUGAGGUAAAGAUCGUUUCUGUUUUCCUGUUUCAUAGUCCUACUAAAAGCAAGAUGCGAUUGUUGUUGCUGGCGUUAGCUGCUCUCGUCGGAUUCGCUUCGGCCCAGAAAAUUAGCGUCGGAGGAUGCCCCAAUGUGCCAGUGAAAGAGAACCUCGACGUCAAACAGUAUGUCGGAAAAUGGUAUGAAAUCGAAAAGAAUCCCGUUCCUUUCGAAGCUGGUUUGAAGUGCAACGAGGCCAAUUACGGGGAUGAAGGAGAUUAUGUAUCAGUGGUUAAUAAAGGAGUAAGCAAGAGGACUGGAAAGGAAAGCUCUAUUCAGGGAAAAGCUACCAUUCCAGAUAAGAAUGUUCCAGCAAAAUUGAAAGUGAAAUUUGACUCAAUGCCCUUCUCUGCUGACUACUGGGUCUUGGAUACCGACUACAAGCAAUAUUCUGUCGUUUUCUCUUGCUUCAGUGUUUUGAACUUAUUCAAUGCUGAGUACGUUUGGAUCUUGUCUCGAACUCCAACUCUCGAUGACAGCAUCAAACACAACAUCUACAAACUCCUCGACGAGAAUAAGAUCGACCGCAGCAAAUUGUCUCCAACUGUUCAAGAUUGUUGAUUUUUUUUUCCUAAUUUUUUGAAAUAAAUUUUUUAAGCUUGUU